GCCGAGCCGCGGGGGCGGAAGUGACGUCCUCCGCGCGACCGCGGCGCGAUGGAGCCGCCGACGCCGCCGCAGCAGCAGCAACUGAGGAACUUGCGAGACUUCCUGUUGGUCUACAAUCGGAUGACGGAGCUCUGCUUCCAGCGCUGCGUGCCCAGCCUGCACCACCGAGCCCUGGACGCCGACGAGGAGUCCUGUCUGCACAGCUGUGCCGGGAAGCUGAUCCACUCCAACCACCGCCUCAUGGCCGCUUACGUGCACCUCAUGCCCGCGCUGGUGCAGCGCCGCAUCGCCGACUACGAGGCUGCGUCGGCGGUGCCACGUGUGACUGCAGAACAGCCGAGAGUCUCACCAUCGGGCAGCUAAACCAUCCCCAGCUCCGGGAGGGAAGGUGCCUGGAUGGUCCUUUUGUGCACUCUUGGCUUGGGGACAUUUGUCCAGAGAGAAAUUAAGCCUGAAAGCUGGGUACGACUGCUCCUUUUCCUGAAGCCAAUAAACCCACUUUCUGCUGUAGUUCCUGUACCGGGCAAGGAACCUUUGUCCACUUGUGGUACCAUCGUUUGCUAGGUCGUUUAGUACAUGUGUGCUGGCUUCAGCCAUGGCAGCUGAGGAAUUGUUUUGUGUGUGUCGGACAACCUCAGCAUUUCAAAUCGGUGGUUAAAACAGGGUUUGUGGGUACAAUUUUCAGGUUGGUAAUAGCCGCAGGAAAUUGGUUCCUGCUCAGAUGACAGAAGAGAGCUCUGGCUGGCUGGCCUUUAGUGGCUGAGUAUGUACUGGUUCAUGAUUACUUGUCCCCUGGACUUACAAAGAAAGGAAGGAAAGUAGUUGUGCUGGAUCAAGGGGAAGAAAGAAGUAUCAAAGAACUGGGGCAGCUGGGGGGGGGUGCACCAAAAUGACAGAAUACUGCCAUAGGCUUUUCCUAGGAACUGCCAACAGAACAAGGAGGAGGAAAUCUGCAAGAAUUUGCUCUCAUGUCAACCGUUUCCUCAGCUUGUUACUAUCUUAGUAUUUCCUGUCUUUGUGGGAUCAGCAGUAAAGCAUUUAAACAAA